CUUACUUCCGGACUGUGCGGUCCACAUGCAGGAAGUGAGUUUUCAUCGACUGCUGCAGCCUCCCAAUGUCCGUGGAGAUCAGGAACUCCAGCUGUGGGGAAAGGAGUCUUUAUUACACAUCACACGUUCUGUAUUAUCUCUGAUUGACCGAGGAUGGACAAGGACAGUAGUCACAGGACUGAGAGGAUAAUAUAAAUCACCCUGGAAAUCAUCUACCUGCUGACUGGGGAGGAUUACACAGUAGUGAAGAAGACAUCCAGUGAGUGUGAGAUACUGAACAGCCAUCCCCGUGUGUCAGGAGGACUGAGUAGAACCCAGAGCCCAAUCACGGUGCCUCCACCUGACUCACUAAUACAUGAGAGACACAAUGACCAAAAGAUCCUGGAACUCACCAACAAGAUCAUUCAGCUGUUGACUGGAGAGGAGGUGGAGUGUAUAGAGGAACACAGGGGUCUGUACAAGGACGUGAUAAUGGAGAAUCACCGGCCCCUCACAUCACUGGAAGGACCCAGUAACAGAGAUACCCCAGAGAGAUGUCCCUGUCCUCUGUAUACCCAGGACUGUACAGAGGAGAAUCACAGGAUCCCACAGGAGGAUCAGGGUGAAGCCCGAUUAAAUAAUAUUAAAAUCAAAGAUACAGAGGGAGAAGAAGAGACAUAUGUGACUGAUAUAAAGGCAGAAGAUAUAGAGGGAGAAGAAGAGACGUAUGUGACUGAUAUAAAGGCAGAAGAUAUAGAGGGAGAAGAAGAGACGUAUGUGACUGAUAUAAAGGCAGAAGAUAUAGAUGGAGAAGAGGAGACGUAUGUGACUGAUAUAAAGGCAGAAGAUAUAGAGGGAGAAGAAGAGACGUAUGUGACUGAUAUAAAGGCAGAAGAUAUAGAUGGAGAAGAGGAGACGUAUGUGACUGAUAUAAAGGCAGAAGAUAUAGAGGGAGAAGAAGAGACGUAUGUGACUGAUAGAGAGACAGAAGAUAUAGAGGGAGAAAAAGAGACGUAUGUGACUGAUAUGAAGGCAGAAGAUACAGAGGGAGAAGAAGAGACGUAUGUGACUGAUAUGAAGGCAGAAGAUACAGAGGGAGAAGAAGAGACGUAUGUGACUGAUAGAGAGACAGAAGAUAUAGAGGGAGAAAAAGAGACGUAUGUGACUGAUAUGAAGGCAGAAGAUACAGAGGGAGAAGAAGAGACGUAUGUGACUGAUAUGAAGGCAGAAGAUACAGAGGGAGAAGAAGAGACGUAUGUGACUGAUAUAAAGGCAGAAGAUAUAGAGGGAGAAGAAGAGACGUAUGUGACUGAUAUAAAGGCAGAUGAUAUAGAGGGAGAAGAGGAGACGUAUGUGACUGAUAUAAAGGCAGAAGAUAUAGAUGGAGAAGAGGAGACGUAUGUGACUGAUAUAAAGGCAGAAGAUAUAGAGGGAGAAGAAGAGACGUAUGUGACUGAUAUAGAGACAGAAGAUAUUGAGGAAGUAGAAGAGACGUAUGUGAGGGGUGAUCAGCAGUCUAAGGAGGAGGAGAUCCCUACAUAUAUCAGCACAGCAGGUGGACACACAAGCAGGAAUAUCUCAGAAGGACAUCUAAUGUUAUCCCCGGAUUGUGACAUAAAAGAUAAUGACAGUAGACAGGAUUCUCCAGGAGAUAACCCCAUUACCCCAAUUAUACAUCUAGCUCUAUCAGCUGAGCCCUCUGAUCCUGGGAAAUGUUCUCCUGAUCACUCUGAUAUUGGUGCAUCUGUUACAGCUCUGACAGUAGAUACAGUGUUUCCUUGUUCUAUAGAUGCCAAAUGUUUUACACAGAACACAAAGCCUAUUAACCCACACACAGGUAAGGCAGUUGAGAGGCCACUGAUAUGUUCUGAGUGUGGGAAAUGUUUUACAUACAAAUCACAGCUUGUUAUACAUCAGAAAAGUCACACAGGUGAGAAGCCAUUUUCUUGCUCUGAGUGUGGGAAAUGUUUUGCACAGAAAUCACAUCUUAUUAAUCAUGAGAGAAGUCACACAGGUGAGAGGCCAUUUUCUUGCUCUGAGUGUGGGAAAUGUUUUGCAUGGAAAUCACAUCUUGUUAUACAUCAGAAAAGUCACACAGGUGAGAGGCCAUUUUCUUGCUCUGAGUGUGGGAAAUGUUUUGCACGGAAAUCACAUCUUGUUAUACAUCAGAAAAGUCACACAGGCGAGAGGGCAUUUUCUUGCUCUGAGUGUGGGAAAUGUUUUGCACAGAAAUCACAUCUUAUUAAUCAUGAGAGAAGUCACACAGGUGAGAGGCCAUUUUCUUGCUCUGAGUGUGGGAAAUGUUUUGCACUCAAAUCAGAUCUUGUUAGACAUCAGAGAAGUCACACAGGUGAGAAGCCGUUUUCUUGCUCUGAGUGUGGGAAAUAUUUUGCAUGGAAAUCACAUCUUGUUAUACAUCAGAAAAGUCACACAGGCGAGAGGCCAUUUUCUUGCUCUGAGUGUGGGAAAUGUUUUGCACGGAAAUCACAUCUUGUUUUACAUCAGAAAAGUCACACAGGCGAGAGGGCAUUUUCUUGCUCUGAGUGUGGGAAAUGUUUUGCACUCAAAUCAGAACUUGUUAGACAUCAGAGAAGUCACACAGGUGAGAAGCCAUUUUCUUGCUCGGAGUGUGGGAAAUGUUUUGCACAGAAAUCACAUCUUAUUAAUCAUGAGAGAAGUCACACAGGUGAGAAGCCAUUUUCUUGCUCGGAGUGUGGGAAAUGUUUUGCACAGAAAUCACAUCUUAUUAAUCAUGAGAGAAGUCACACAGGUGAGAAGCCAUUUUCUUGCUCGGAGUGUGGGAAAUGUUUUGCACUCAAAUCAGAUCUUGUUAGACAUCAGAGAAGUCACACUGGUGAGAAGCCAUUUUUUUGCUCUGAGUGUGGGAAAUGUUUUGCACUCAAAUCAGAACUUGUUAGACAUCAGAGAAGUCACACAGGUGAGAAGCCAUUUUCUUGCUCGGAGUGUGGGAAAUGUUUUGCACAGAAAUCACAUCUUAUUAAUCAUGAGAGAAGUCACACAGGUGAGAGGCCAUUUUCUUGCUCUGAGUGUGGGAAAUGUUUUGCACUCAAAUCAGAUCUUGUUAGACAUCAGAGAAGUCACACUGGUGAGAAGCCAUUUUUUUGCUCUGAGUGUGGGAAAUGUUUUGCACUCAAAUCAGAACUUGUUAGACAUCAGAGAAGUCACACAGGUGAGAAGCCAUUUUCUUGCUCGGAGUGUGGGAAAUGUUUUGCACAGAAAUCACAUCUUAUUAAUCAUGAGAGAAGUCACACAGGUGAGAAGCCAUUUUCUUGCUCGGAGUGUGGGAAAUGUUUUGCACAGAAAUCACAUCUUAUUAAUCAUGAGAGAAGUCACACAGGUGAGAGGCCAUUUUCUUGCUCUGAGUGUGGGAAAUGUUUUGCACUCAAAUCAAAUCUUCUUAUACAUCUCAGAAGUCACACAGGUAAGAAUCCAUUUUCUUGCUCUGAGUGUGGGAAAUGUUGUCUAACAAGAUGUGAUUUACUUACACAUCACAGAAGUCACACAGGUGAGAAGCCAUUUCUAUACUCUGAGAAAUAAAUCAUCUCUUGUUGCACACAAUAGGCAUCACUCAGGUGAGGAACCAUUUUAAUCUUCUGGAGUAUACUUAUCAUUGCCAUGCGUUGUUCUUCAAGGUUCUUAUCCUAUCCUAUGCUUUUUGCAAUAUACAUGCUACUGGUGGGUGAAAUAAUCUUCACACCACGUACAGCAAUAUAUGCUUUAUGGCAGGCAUGUCCAAACUGCGGCCCUCCAGCUGUUGAGAAACUACACAUCCCAGCAUGCCCUGACA